CUUCCACUGAGUAGGAGUUUAAAAUUGCAUCAUUAGGCGACUGAACUUUGACAGAAGAAGGCAGAGUUAGUCUCUCAAUUUCAAAAGAAAUAUGAAAAUACUUGGGUUUCUUCUUCUAUGGCCAGGUAUCACCACAGGAAUCAGGGGGGAACCUUCAGUGGACCAGUAUGGGUUGAAGGGGGGUUCAAUAUGUCUGGCUGUUCCAGAACCUCCUGAGAUGAUCAAAGGACUUAAAUGGAUGAGGAACAGUGAUGUAAUAGUUGGAGUCAAAGAGAUCUCUCCUAAAUACAAGGAGAAGGUGGACUAUAACAACGCAAACCAUUCUCUGUGCAUUAAGAAUCUGUUGAACACAGACAGUGGAAUUUACAAGGCAAACUACCGGAAAAAAUGGAAUGAAUCAACUACUACAUAUAGACUAUCAGUGCAGGAUCAUGUUCCCAAACCAGUUAUGGAUGUCACGUCUCUCUUCAACACAAGUGUGGGACUCUGUGACGUCACAGUGAACUGUUCAGUUAAAGAUGGCUGGAUGUUGUCUGUCUGUGGCGGGGGUCAGUGUACACGGUCACAACAGUUACUGUCUCUGUCUGGGGUCAACAUCAUCAUCUCCAAUGGCAACGGGACUAUCCAAUGCACCACCAGCAACCACGUCAGCACACAGACCAUCUCUCAACCCAUGGAGGACUGUAGUGGUGAGGAUGGGAAAGCCUCAGUGUUACCAGUUAUCACCAUUGUGGGUAGUGUUAUUGGUGUAUUAUUAAGCUUAGUUGCUGUACUAUGUGUUGGAUACAUCAUACAUGCCAGAAAAUGGCAAAUCCCUAAAGAACAACAUUCACUAGAAGAGGACAUUGUUCCAAGAGUUUACAACUCAGUGAACACUUCACCAGGGAGAGAGGCCAGAACCACAGCACUCUCCUGGCCAGAACCACAGCACUCUCCUGUCCAGAACCACAGCACUCUCCUGGCCAGAACCACAGCACUCUCCUGGCCAGAACCACAGCACUCUCCUGGCCAGAACCACAGCACUCUCCAGGCCAGAACCACAGCACUCUCCUGGCCAGAACCACAGCACUCUCCUGGCCAGAACCACAGCACUCUCCUGGCCAGAACCACAGCACUCUCCUGUCCAGAACCACAGCACUCUCCUGACCAGAACCACAGCACUCUCCACCAGGUGGACCUCUGAGGUGACAUCAUACAGUUCAAAACAUUACAUAGAAACUGUGGGACUGUUGCACCACCCAGUGGACAAUAAUCAAACAAUCAAAUCAAAUCAAAUUUUAUUGGCCACAUGCGCCGAAUACAACAGGUGCAGACAUUACAGUGAAAUGCUU